AUGAAGCUAUUUAUUGCUCUUUCGUAUUCUUUGUCACCAUAUGUCUGCGUUUUAUGGGAAACCGCAAGGGUGGUUCCUGCAUACGAACGCUUCUUUCUUUCUUUCUUUCUUUCUUUCUUUCUUUCUUUCUUUCUUUUUUUCUUUCAUUCCGCUUUUCUUUCUUUCUUUCUUUCUUUCUUUCUACUUUUCCUCAUUUCAUUCUGUUUUUCUUUCUUUCUUUCUUUCUUUCUUUUCCUCCUUUUAUUCCGCUUUUCUUUCUUUCUUUCUUUCUUUCUUUCUUUCUUUCCGAAAUUAAGUGACACCCUCUCACCUUCAUUCUCCUUCUCUGCCGAAAUAAUCUAUCUAUCUAUCUAUCUAUCUAUCUAUCUAUCUAUCUAUCUAUCUAUCUAUCUAUCUAUCUAUCAGUUAGUUCAUAUAAUCUCUGUUGAUAUCUAUCACUCAUUCUCUCUCUCUCUCUCUAUCUAUCUAUCUAUCUAUAUAUCACCAGUUCAUAUUAUCUAUCUAUCUAUCUAUCUAUCUAUCUAUCUAUCUAUCUAUCUAUCUAUCACCAGUUCAUAUAAUCUCUGUUCAUAUCUAUCUAUCUAUCUAUCUAUCUAUCUAUCUAUCUAUCUAUCUAUCUAUCUAUCUAAAUAA